CAACACUCAAUUCCCGCUUCAGCACCUACACAUCGCCGUACCUGAUACUCGGUCCAUUUGCAUUGUAAUUUAUUCUAAGCACAAAAUCAGCAGUUCCCCCCCACUGGCCAUCACUGCCUGACUGAGACCAUGAUUCUGCGGAGACCUCUUCUCACAAUCUCUACCUCUUUCUCGGCCCCAAAGACCUGCGCCCGAAAUCUGCACCACCGCAUCCCCCUCCGACCAAUCCCACAGCCCAUUCCAUUCAUCCCUGAUGUGCCCACCUUCCUCACAGCAAUCGGCCGCAACCUCUCGGCACACAGUUCCAAAAUCACUUCCUGGGAUGCCCUCUUCACCCUCACUUCUGCUCAACUCAAAGACCUAGGCGUUGAGCCCGCGCGCUCUCGCCGCUAUCUUCUCCAUUGGCGCGAGAAGUUCCGGAACGGGGAGUACGGGAUUGGAGGGGAUUGCAAAUUCGUUGAAGAUGGCGUUGCUGAGCUGAGGCUUGUGGAAGCGCCUGUUGUGCCGAAUACCGAGCAGGGCAGUAUGAGUAGGAGGAGUGCUGUGGCGACGGCGACGCAUAUGCCCGGUACGAGGAAAGCUGUAGUGAAUGUGCCUAAAGGAACCGAACGGCCGACUGAGCCGUUGGAGAACGUGAAGAGUGUCAAGGGCGUUGUAGUCAAGGGCGCGAAGACGAUCAAGGCGCCUUAUGUGGAACUUGUGAAGGGUAGUGCCGGGCUGAAGGCGUUGUUAAGGGUACAGGAGGGGAUUUGGGAGGAGAGAAGGGGGCAUAGGGUUGAUGGGGGUGAGAGGAGGAAGGCUGAGACGAGGGCGAAGAGGAGGGCGGCAGAGAAUAAGGAGAAAAAGAGGUAG